CCUGCCAUUUCAACCAUGUCUCCACAGGCUAUAUGCAUCGUAUUCUCCUCACGCAUCACCUUAAUCCUCCUCUUAGCGGCAUGGGCAGCCAUCUCUGCACAAGCCGUCAACCAGAUCACCGGUACUACCGAUCGCGAUGCCCUGCUCUGCAUCAAGUCCCACCUGUCCCAAUCCAACCGCACAGGCGCCUUGGCCACAUGGAGAAACGGCUCACUGGACUUCUGCCGCUAGCGGGGCGUCUCGUGCAGCCGGCGACAAGGCCUCCCUCCCCGGGUCACAGGGUUGGACCUCGAGGGAGAAGGCCUCGUCGGCCAGAUCCCACCUUGCAUCUCCAACCUCACUUAUCUAGCACGGAUCCACCUCCCAUUCAAUCAGCUUAGCGGGCCGAUGCCGCCGGAGCUGGGUCAGCUCGGCAGGCUCCAGUACGUGAACCUCAGCUCCAACGCCCUGAGCGGUGUGAUCCCAGCCGAGGUAGCGUCAUGCUCUGGCCUCCGAGUCUUCGCUUUGAUGAACAACAGCUUCGAUGGAGGUAUUCCUGCUUUCCUUUUCAACAGCUCUUUGAUCCAAGUGAUUGAUCUUCGCAUGAACAAUCUUUACGGGACAAUCCCACACUUGCUACCGUACUCCUCCAGUAGUCUGGAAUUUCUGGGUCUCACCGAAAACAGCCUCUCCGGUGAGAUACCUUCCUCUUUAGGGAACCUGUCUUCGCUUGCUUCCCUGCUUGCUGCGGAGAACCACUUGACAGGCGGCAUCCCAGACAGUUUAGCGAUGUUAUCAAACAUGCAUCGCUUUGAUCUCAGUUACAACAAUCUAUCAGGGACUGUGCCCAAUACUAUCUAUAACUUCUCAUUGUUAACAUAUCUGGGCUUGGGAAACAACGGUUUUGUAGGGAAGCUACCUUCAAGCAUGGGCAUCACUCUCCCAAACAUCCAGAAACUAAUAAUGUCAGUAAAUAAAUUCGAGGGAGAGAUACCAAAAUCACUGGCAAAUGCAACCAAUCUUGUUUAUAUAUACCUAGCUCGGAACUCCUUCAGUGGAGUCAUUCCUUCCUUGGGAACCCUACCCAAUUUGCAGAGGGUGAUCCUGUUUGAGAACCGAAGGCUGGAAGCCGGGGACUGGACGUUCCUUUCUUCGUUAACGAAUUGCACGCAACUGUCUCAUUUGACCUUGGAUGGGAACAGCUUGCAAGGAGAUCUCCCUCGUUCAGUAGCUAACCUAUCAAGAAAUUUGGAAUACCUAGUCCUUGGGUCAAAUCACAUAACAGGGACCAUACCAUCAGUUAUUGGUGACCUAGUUGAGCUUUCUAUCCUAUAUCUCGACAAUAAUAUGCUAACCGGGCCUAUACCUGCUUCUAUUGGAAAGAUUCGCAACUUGUUCGCUCUGAACCUGUCGAAGAAUAGGUUCUACGGGAAAGUCCCAACAUCCUUAGGUAAUUUGGACCAAUUAACUGAACUUUAUUUGCAAGAAAAUAACUUGAGUGGAAUCAUACCAGCAGAUUUAGCUGGAUGCAAAAAAUUGUUGGCCUUGAACCUUUCUUCAAACACCUUGUGUGGACCCAUACCAGAAGAGCUAUUUGGUAAACUGAACCAGUUGAGCUUGGGGCUUGACUUGUCAAACAACCAACUCACGCAUUCCAUUCCAUAUGAAAUCGGUAACUUGAUCAACCUUGGAUCCUUGAACAUCUCCAACAACAACAUCUCUGGCCAAAUCCCGCCUACUCUCGGCUCGUGUGUGCUCUUGCAAGCGCUUCGCCUGGAAGGGAACUUCCUUGAGGGGCAAAUUCCACCAUCUCUUGCGGAGUUGAAAGGCAUCAAGGAGAUGGACUUUUCUCAAAAUUCCUUGUCGGGUGAAAUCCCAGAAUUUUUCGAGCUAUUUGACAGUUUGCAGUACCUAAAUUUAUCCUUCAACAACCUUGACGGUCCAAUUCCGACGAAAGGAAUCUUUUCCAAUGGCACGAACAGGCUUUUUCUCCAGGGAAACCCAAGGCUAUGCACAGCCACACCAAUCCUACAAUUCCCACUUUGUUCUGCCAACGUUUCUAAAAGGCAGAACAAGUUCUUGGUCCGAGUUUUGGCUAUUAUAUUACCAUGUGUUGCAGUUUCUCUCCUGUUUGCCCUAUUCUUGAAGAUGUCAAGCAAAGAUUCACGUCCCUUGAAUGAAUCCUCCAUGGAAUCCAAGAUGCUAUCCUACAAUGAUCUAAGCAAAGCAACCGAUGGAUUUUCUUCUGCCAACUUGAUUGGUUCAGGGCAGUCUGGUGUAGUUUACAAAGGUGCAUUACCCGAGGAAGUUGGUCAGUUGAUCGCUGUGAAAGUAUUCAAGCUUGGUCAAUUUGGUGCAUCAAAUAGCUUUCUUGCAGAGUGUAGAGCCUUAAGAAACAUCCGUCACCGAAACCUUGUAAAAGUGAUCACAGCCUGCUCAACAUACGAUCCUUUAGGAAAUGAGUUCAAAGCUCUGGUACUCGAAUACAUGACAAAUGGCACCCUUGAAAACCACAUUCAUACUAAGUCCGCCGGGUAUGGAUAUCUAUGUUUAGGUGCAAGGAUCGGCAUAGCAGUUGACAUUGCUUCUGUUUUAGAGUACCUUCACAAUUGGAGUGUCCCUCCCUUGGUUCACUGUGAUUUAAAACCAAGCAAUAUUCUCUUUGAUAACGACAACGUUGCUCAUGUUGGUGACUUCGGGCUUGCACGGUUCCUCCAUGGUUUCUCUUCUUCCGGAGGGUAUCAGAACUCAACAAGCUUGAUUGGAGCAAGAGGAUCGGUGGGAUACAUAGCACCAGAGUAUGGCAUGGGCGGUAGAAUCUCAACUGAGGGCGACAUAUAUAGCUAUGGAAUUGUUCUUCUGGAAAUGCUCACCGGAAAACGUCCUACUGAUGAAUCCUUUAAAGAUGGUCUUACCCUCCACAAAUAUGUAGUGGAAGCAUUACCUCAACUUGGUGAGAUACUGGAUUCUGAUCUUAGUCAAGAGAUUGCAGGGGAUCACAGUACUCAUAUUGAAGGAAAGGAACACCCUGACAAAGCAGAGAUGCAAAGCUGUAUUCUGCAACUGCUAAACCUUGGGCUACUAUGCUCUGAAGAAUCACCAAAAGAUCGGCCAAACAUACAGGAUGUAUAUAGUGAAGUAGUUACAGUGAAAGAACAUUUCCUUUCUUGUAGCCGUUAAAGAAAACUGACAAAUUGUCAGUGCUGACAGCAUUGACAACGGAAGCAGUAUGUCGAAAAACAUUAGAAUGGUUUAUGUUGGGAUAUGUGUCGAAUAUGUAUACAAGAGUCAGUUACAGAUAUACUUGAGUUGUAAUUAGGUGGGAUUAUAAAUAGAGUUGUAGUUUGACUCCUAUUUUCAGGCACAUAAAUAUUAGGCACCACUGUGUAACCACAUCGACAAAAAUAGAUCAUA